AAACCUGUUUAUUAUAAGAUCGUGCUUGGACGCGAUAAACAUCACGCUGUUUUUUCGCGGGAAACGAAGUUAAUCGUUCAUCUUGCAAGCGAACUGACAAAUAAUAAUUUGUAAAAACCAGAAAAAUAUUUCAAAAAGAAAGACAAAAUGUCGAGUCCUAUGAGACCACCACCAACACCAACUAGAUCGGAUAUUAGAACUCCACGACGUGUACAAAGAUCACCAAAUGCAACUCCAUCUCCCUCAGUCAGAAGUCAAAAUGGAAACAUCACUCCUUCAAAGCCAGGUCCAAGUAAUGGCUCAGUGGACACUCCACUUAGAUAUGGAAAUCGAAGAGUACCAGGAACUGUUGCAGAAUCAUCAGAAGGACAAUCUGUUCCGGCAUCAUCGCCAAAUAGACUUUUACAAACAAGUCCCAUUGCCGGUGGGAUGAGUGAAAUUGAUCUUUCCUCACCUUUAAAUUAUGGAACACCAAGUUCUCUUGGUUCAAUUCGAACACCUAGAAGUGGCAUACGAGGAACUCCUAUUAGACAAAGAACGGAUAUUAGAACUGAUAAACGAUUGAGACAAGUAAAUGUUGAUGAACCGAUUCCAGAAGAUGCAGUUGCAGGAACUUCCGAGAGUGAAAAUGCAGGCCCUCAACUUGUAAUUUGGGGAACAAACGUUGUAGUAAGUCGUGUAAAAGAACAAUUUAAACGAUUUGUCACACGUUUCAUUGAUCCAGAUGCAGAAAAUGAUGAAUUGCCAGAAACAUUGAAUUUAACUGAACCACUUUAUUUACAAAAACUUAAUGAAAUUCAUUCACUUGAAGAUCCUUAUUUAAAUGUGAAUUGUGGACAUAUUGAAGCUUUUGAUGCACAAUUAUAUUCUCAACUUGUUCGCUAUCCUCAGGAAGUUAUUCCUGCAUUGGAUAUGGCAGUUAAUGAAAUGUUUUUCGAAAAAUAUCCAGCUGCUGUUCUUGAUCAUCAAAUUCAAGUACGACCAUUUAAUGUGUCUAAGACAAAAAAUAUGCGUAUGUUAAAUCCCGAGGAUGUUGAUCAAUUGAUAACAAUAUCGGGAAUGGUUAUUCGAACAUCAAACGUUAUUCCUGAGAUGAGAGAAUCAUUUUUUAAAUGUAUUAUUUGUUCAUUUUCAACUUUAGUUGAAGUUGAUAGAGGUCGUAUUGCCGAGCCAACAGUUUGCACACAUUGUAAUAAUAAUUUUUGCUUUAAUUUGGUUCAUAAUCGAAGUCAUUUUUCGGAUAAACAAAUGAUUAAAUUACAAGAAUCACCUGAUGAUAUGCCAGCUGGUCAAACACCACAUACUGUUACACUUUUUGCUCAUAAUGAUUUGGUGGAUAGAGUAUCACCAGGAGAUCGUGUUGCAAUUACUGGAAUUUAUCGUGGUGUUCCAAUGCAAGUUAUGCCAAGACAAUCAAAUGUUCGCUCUGUUCUUAAAACUCAUCUCGAUGUUGUUCACUUUAGAAAACAGGAUUCAAAAAGGUUGUAUGAUCAAGAAGAAGGAAAAGAGCAUGCUUUUCCACCGGAGAGAAUUGAAUUACUCAAGCAUCUUUCGACAAAAGAAGAUGUUUAUGAUAGACUCGCGAGAAAUAUUGCUCCAAGUAUUUAUGAGAAUGAUGAUAUUAAAAAAGGAAUUCUUUUACAAUUAUUUGGUGGUACUAAAAAAACUCAUAUUGUAUCAGGAAGAAGUCAUUUUCGUUCGGAAAUUAAUAUUUUACUUUGUGGUGAUCCUGGAACCAGUAAAUCUCAACUUUUACAAUUUGCUUUUAAUUUAGUUCCUCGUUCUCAAUACAGUAGUGGAAAAGGAUCUAGUGCUGUUGGUUUAACGGCAUAUGUAACUAAAGAUCCAGAAACUCGUCAAUUAGUUUUGCAAACGGGUGCAUUGGUUUUAGCUGACAAUGGAAUUUGUUGUAUUGAUGAAUUCGAUAAGAUGAAUGAAAGUACACGUUCAGUUUUACAUGAAGUUAUGGAACAACAAACUUUAAGUAUUGCAAAGGCGGGAAUUAUUUGUCAAUUAAAUGCAAGAACAAGUAUUCUUGCUGCUGCAAAUCCUUGCGAAUCUCAAUGGAAUUCGAGAAAAACGGUUGUUGAGAAUGUUUUGCUUCCUCAUACAUUAUUAUCUCGAUUCGAUUUGAUAUUUUUAAUGUUGGAUCCACAAGAUGAUAAAUUCGAUAAAAAACUUGGCAAGCAUAUGGUAUCAUUGUAUUACAAAGAGGAUCUUGAAGAAGAAGACGAUUUAAUUGAUAUGAGUGUAUUGCGUGAUUAUAUUGCUUAUUCUAAGGAACACAUUAAACCAACUCUAAGCGAGGAAGCUCAACAAAGAUUGGUACAAGCAUAUGUUGAUAUGAGAAGAGUUGGAAGUGGUCGUGGACAAAUAACUGCUUAUCCUCGACAAUUAGAAUCAUUAAUUAGACUUUCUGAAGCACAUGCAAAAGUUCGUUUUAGCAAUUUAGUUGAAAUUGAAGAUGUCGAAGAAGCAUGGCGUUUACAUCGAGAGGCACUUAAACAAUCGGCUACAGAUCCUAUUACUGGAAGAAUUGACGUCAAUAUUUUGACAACAGGAGUUUCUGAAGGUGCAAGAAAACGACAACUUUUACUUACUACAGCAUUGAAAAAGAUUAUUUCAGAAAAAGGAAAAGUUCCCACAUUGUCUUAUCAGAAACUUUUUAUUGAAGUUAAAGAAUCAUCUGAUACUCUUGUGACACGAGAAAUGUAUGAGGAAUCAUUAAAAAAUCUACAAGAUGAAGAUUUCAUAAAACGCAUCGGUAAGGAUACAAUUCGUUUGUUAAAAAACAAGGACUAGUUUUUUUAUGACAUUUAUUAUGAAAUAGAUAUAUUUUUCUUUUUUUUAUAUUCUUAAAUAAGAAAUUAUUUUCAAGUCUAUUUGACGAAUAUUUCAUAAUUAAUAUAGCGAAUAGAAUUAAGAUUUAAUUUUAGACACCUAAGUGCAUUUACCCUUUUCAAAUAAUUUACAUGAAACAAAUUAAAUUUGUCUAUUUCUUAAGAUAUAACUGUAAAUCGUCAAUACGAGAUAAGUAUUUUUUACUUUUAUAAAUGUGG